AGGCUUGUGCGCUUCCUGGUUCUGGACUGUCACAGAGAAGUCUGUGUGCUGCUGCGGGAGAGGGUGUGUACAGCUGUGUGUCUGCGUUACAAGAUGUGGCUGCUGGUAGCUGUUCUGGUUCUGGCCCAAGGCGUUGUGCAUUCGGUGGAUGUGUCAAGCAAAGUCCGAAGAGGAGCCGGAGACUUUAUCUAUAGAGCAGAUCCUGAAGCAUCAAUGAAUAUCAGUGAGUUGAUCACAUUUUGGGGAUAUCCGAGUGAAGAAUAUGAAGUGAUUACUGAAGAUUCCUAUAUCCUCAGUAUCAACCGAAUACCUCAUGGGAUCAAACGUUCAUCUCCAGUCCCUAAGCCUGUAGUAUACUUGCAGCAUGGCUUGCUUGCUGAUGGAAGUAAUUGGGUUACCAACCUUGCAAACAAUAGCCUGGGAUUCAUCCUGGCUGAUGCCGGCUAUGAUGUUUGGAUUGGAAACAGUAGAGGAAACACUUGGUCAAGGAAACACAGGACGUUGUCGCCCGAACAGGCUGAAUUCUGGGCUUUCAGUUACGAUGAGAUGGCUAAGGAAGAUCUUCCAGCGGUUAUCAACUUUAUUCUUAAAAAAACUGGCCAAGAACAAAUAUAUUAUGUCGGCCAUUCUCAAGGGACAACCAUUGGUUUUAUAGCAUUCUCAAGCAUGCCAGAGCUUGCCAAAAAAAUAAAGAUGUUUUUCGGUUUGGCUCCUGUGGCUACCAUCAAGUUUUCCAACAGUCCUCUUGCAAAACUAGGCUAUUUCCCAGAGUUCAUUGUCAAGGACCUGUUUGGGAAAAAGGAAUUUCUCCCGCAGACCUACUUCAUCAGGUGGCUUGCUACGCACUUGUGUACCCACGAGUUAGUGGACAAUCUGUGUGGCAAUAUCUUCUUUGUUCUCUGCGGAUUUAAUGAGAAGAACCUUAAUAUGACGCGUGUAAAUGUAUACUCUUCACAUUGUCCUGCUGGAACUUCGGUGCAGAACAUGAUUCAUUGGGGACAGGCUGUUAAAUCGGGAGAGCUCAAAGCCUUUGACUGGGGCUAUAAGGGGAAUAUAGCUCAUUAUAAUCAGACUACUCCUCCCUGUUACAGAGUGCGGGACAUGAAGAUCCCAACUGCUCUGUGGAGUGGCGGCAAUGACUGGCUGGCAGAUCGCAAAGAUAUUGCCAUGUUACUUACUCAAGUCAGCAACUUGGUCUACCACAAAGAAAUCCCAGAAUGGGAACAUCUGGACUUCAUCUGGGGAUUGGAUGCACCUUAUCGCAUGUACAACGAAAUCCUUGACUUGAUGAAAAAAUAUUUGUAAAACACGCUGCUAUCACGAAGGUGCCAAAUUGACUCUAAAACACAGUCGAAGCACACUGAACACCUUAAAAACCUCCUGGAUCCUGCUCUAGGGUUCACUUUACAUAUUGUGCCCUCUUUCUAGACAGCGAUUCUCAGGACUGCUUAGAAAUGAAUAA